AGUUUUACCGCGUGUGACUGCUCGUUGUCAUCUAAACGGCAGCGCUUUGCCUUGUUGACCCCGCUCUUGCGAAUGAGCACGCGAGUCUCCCUUUGUUCGACGACGCACCACCAACCUCUCUAAAAAACUUCCACUUUGACUCUCCGUCCAUUGCUGUGACUGACAUUGCGUCCGCCACAUUUCUGCAAGCUUCCUACAGUAGCUCCGAACUCUCCGUUCCUGUACUUGAACCAUACAUCACCCAACUCUGACCUUGUUUCAUCUCACCCAGCCCUCACCCAGACUCCUCCAUCAACUAUGACUCGUUCCCACAAGUUCACUGACCGCGACCACGCCGGCAUUGCUGAAGGCACUGCUGAGCGUGAAGCGAAGCUUCCUCGAUACUUUGCGAAAUCAGGCCACGGCGAUACCGAUCCGACCAAGACCAAGAAGGGUGGCAGCGGAAAGGGCAACUGGGGCCGUGAUGGCGAUGAAGUCGAAGACAUUAUGCCCAACAUGGCCAAUGCCCGUCGUCGAAGCAACUCCUCUACCCACAACAUGAAGGACUUCAAGACCAAGUUCGAGACUAUCGAGACCGACCCAGUCUUUGAAGAGGAACUUCAUGGCCCUCUCGGUGACGAACUCGAGAAGCAGAGCACUACCUCCACCGACAAGAGUGUCGAAGAGGAAGACAACGACAAGAAGUUGUAAACCUCGGAAAGGGGAGGAUAAUUUGCGAUGCACAUUGUCUUUAGCAUGGCUGCUAGUUGACUGGAUAGUCAAACUGGUGGGAAGCCACUGCUGGAACAUGAUCUAUUCGAUGGAGACACUGUUGUCUCCAAUUCAGAUCAACAGCCUCCACCAUCUGUAUUAUGUUUCUCUGGAAGACCUUACCUUCUCAACUACACCGUGACUGCUCUGGAACAGCACUCAGGGACGGGACAUGGUAAUGACGGCGUCUUCUUUUUCACAAACGGGAAUCUGUAACGAAUAUGAAAAUAAUGAAUCAAUCUAUAAUUGGAGAGCGAGUCUUUCCUUGAACUCCCG